UGAACCACACCACAGACAAACACAACCCAACCCAUCCAUUUCAAAAACCAUUCUCCAUUUCUCGCACCAUAAAUAAACCAGAGCUUCUUCUUCUUCUUCUUCAUUUUUCUUUCUUCAUUAUCAAUUUCAAUUCAGCAUUGUGAAAAUGGAGAGAGAGUUUGAAUUUGAACAACGAGGGUUCAUAAAGAAAGGACCAUGGAGCAGUGAAGAAGAUGAGAUUCUGCUGAAGCAUGUAAGCAAGUAUGGUCCAAGGGAAUGGAGCUCCAUUCGAUCCAAAGGCUUGUUGCCCAGAACUGGAAAAUCUUGUCGCCUCAGAUGGGUUAACAAGCUUAGACCCAACUUAAAAGCUGGCUGCAAGUUUUCAGUGGAGGAGGAAAGGGUGGUUAUUGAAUUGCAGGCAGAGUUUGGGAACAAGUGGGCGAAAAUCGCUACGUAUUUGCCUGGGAGAACUGACAAUGAUGUAAAGAAUUUCUGGAGCAGCAGGAGGAAGAGGUUGGAGAGGACUUUGCACCAGAGGCCACCACUGUCAAAGUUGCAGAAACACAAAGGAAAAGCACCUCUUAGUCAAGUAAAAGUUGAAGAGGUUCAUGCAUGCAGUUCCAAUCAGGUGGAUAACCUUUCUUGCCAUCCUUCCUAUAUGGGAAAUACAGAGGUGUUUCAGAUGGUAAACCUGCAAGAUUUGACAAAGCCAAACUAUCAACACUUUGAAGCUAACCUUCAUGCAGUUGAGGUUGAGGCUACUCCACUUCACACUGUUCCAUCGUUUGAGUCUUCAACAGAGUACAACUUUCCUCUUCUCCCUGAAUCACAAAUGGACUUUCCCCUAUUCCCAGUUUGCCAGGAUCUUGUUCCAGAGCCCUUCGACCCUAAUUUCAUCGAUAUGUUCGAACAGAAGAAGGUUGCGACCAGGUUGCCAAGUCUCGGACUGGAUGGAAAUUGUAGAAGUACAAGUUCAAACUGCUUUAAGGACUUCCCAACUGAGAUUUUUGAAUACUUUGAGCAUAUUCCAACCUCACCAGAACAAUAAACUGUCUCUAAUUGUACUGCUAUCCCAAGUGAUUAUUUAGCUCCUAUUUUACAUGUACUAUCAGUUCGACAAAUAGUUAUUGCUACAUUGCUGUUAACAUGUCAGUGCUUGAACUUAAUCAAGCUUCUUGUACUAACCAAGGUGAAACCUCAAGUCACAAUAUUUUAUGACAAACUUAUUUAAU